AUGGACGACAAACAGACACUUCCCUACGACACUAAGAUCAACGUGGCUAAGGAAGACGUCGAACAAGUCGAGAACGGCGGCCACGAGCAAGACCUCCACGACGCGAAAUUCGAGAAGAGAGUCAUCCGCAAGAUCGACUGGCGGCUGCUGCCCAUCCUCGGCUGUCUCUACACUAUCGCUCUCGUCGACCGAUCUAAUGUCGCCGUUGCUCGUAUAUCCGGCAUGGAUGAAGACCUCGGGCUCGACCAGGGCAGCCGUGCUUCCAUCUGCUUGAUGGUCUUCUUCAUUGGCUAUAUCCUUUUCGAGAUCCCGAGCUGCGUCUAUCUCGUGUCGUCGUGGUAUGUCCGGUACGAGGUGCAAAAGCGGAUGGCAGGAUUCUUCCUGACCGCGUCUGCGCUGUCUGCUUUUGCGAACAUCCUCGCAUACGGUCUCAUCCAAAUCUCGAAUCAUCACCCCUAUAAAGGAUGGCGAUGGAUCUUCAUCAUCGAGGGUGCCAUCACGGUCGUCGCCGGCAUCGGCUCAUGGUUCAUUAUCGUCGACUUCCCCGACUCGGACUCCAACACGUUCCUCACGGCCGAAGAAAGAGCAUUCGUCAAAGCUAGACUCAUAGCCGACCGUGGCCCCGAAGAGCGAGAGAAAGUGACAAUGAAGGUAUUUCUCAAGACGGCUGCUGACUGGAAGCCAUGGGCCUUCUCGUUGAUGUACAUGGCUGGCGCUGUGGGAGUAUACGCUUUCCUGUUCUUCCUACCAAUCAUCCUUCGAGGCGGCCUUGGCUACUCGCUCGAGCUGUCCUUCAUUCUGAGCACGCCUCCGCAGCUCUUCUCUGUAGUCGAGGCCAUGUCUAUUUCAUGGCUCGCCGACAAGGUGAAGCUCCGAGGGCCAUUCAUUGUCUUCCAGGGCUUGAUCGGCAUUAUCGGGCUUUGCAUGACUGGCUUUAUUGACCAGCCCACUCCCAGAUAUAUUGGCACCUUUCUUGGAGUUGCCGGUGCGAACGGUCUUGUGGUGACAACGUUGGCUUGGCAAGCCAACAAUAUUGUGGGCGAUUCUCGACGAGCCAUUUCGACUGGUCGUCAGCAUCAGCGGUAUAGGUGGAAUCUACUCAAGCAUGGUAUUUCGUAA